CUCUGUCCAUUCACACUUUAAAGAACUGUCUGUGUGCUAAAGUCAAAAGUCUGUUAUAGUUUGGAUCAUUUUGUCAUUUGUUAUAGAUUUGGAGCUAAAAUAUGUGGGUCAGGAUGAAACUAGCAGGCUUAUUUCUGCUGCUGCUGGUGGUGCUUCAGACUUUAUCGGAGAGCCCCCCAGAGCAGUUGGAUCUUGGUCCACCAGUCGAACAGAACAGAACAGAAGUGAUGAAGGAGCUGAAUUCGACUGAGAGCGUCGCAGUAGCAAAAGACGAGGUCGUGGGCCCAAAGGAGUGUUUAGAACAGAGACAUACAAGAUUGUCCUGUGGUCUGGUGUUCUGUUAUCCCUGGGAGCGCUGUGUGAAUGGGCAGUGUUACUGUAAACCUCCGUAUCUCUGUCCCACUCAAAACGUUACAGCCGUUUGUGGACGAAAUUACCGUGGUUACAGAUCCUACUGCCAGGCAAUGGCUUCUGCUUGUCGAAACCGCCGUCCGAUUGUGUCUCAUUUUGCAGACACCUGUUCAUCGGAGCAUAAGAUCUACGACAGCAGUGAGGACCCGGACACAGGUGUGAUCCUUCUGGAGAUACCAAACCCCUUUAACCCUGAGACCACCGACAGGAAGCUGAUCUGUGGCUCGUCGUGGAACAAGGCCGCCGCAAAUGUGUACUGUAGAGAACGUCAACAUCCACUAGGUGCACAAGAGGUCGCCAAAAUCCAGUUUUCCGACUUGAAGAAGAAGCAUGGGCAGAGAUCUUACCCAGAGAGCUGUGUCCAUGUUGAGUGUGAGGGGUUUGAGAAUAACCUGGGAGAGUGUGGCCUCCUCACCCACAGCGGCAUGGACCACACAGUCGCAAAGGCAGACUGCUACAGCGGCCCCGUCAAAGACUGCAACUUUAAUUGUGUAAACUCCAAAUGCAUUUCCCGGCUGCAGGCGUGUGAUGGCAUCGAUGACUGUGGAGACCGAAGCGACGAGAUGUGCUGCAAAAAGUGCAGAGGAGAUGCGUUCAGGUGUAACUCUGGAGUGUGCAUCCCCAGAUCUGCAGUCGGGGACGGAGUGAGGGACUGUCUGGACGGAGGAGACGAGGUGAAAACACCAGCUCAAAAUGCAACUGACUUUGAGACAGAAGACCGAAAUAUCACCACCCCCAGAAAAGAGAUCAGGUUGAGCAGACAGAACAUGGAGUCUCAGGUGAAAUGUGGCGUUCCAAACAUGGACAUUGUGGAUGACGAGGUGGGGGUGGAGAGAGGAAGAGGCCGCGUAAAGAGGGUGGUUGGAGGUGUGCCUGCCAGACCAUACCAGAUCCAGUGGCAGGUGGCGCUUGUGGACUCUGGGAAGAAGAUUGACUGUGGAGGAGCGUACAUCGGAGGCUGCUGGGUCCUCACGGCCGCUCACUGUGUCAGGCCAAACCCCUCUGCGUUUAUGGUGAAGUUCUCUUUGUGGAAGAAGAACAGAGCUCAAAACACAACUGACAUCGUCCCAGUGCAAGACAUCCACAUCCACCCACUUUACAACGGUAAAACCUACGAGAACGACAUCGCUCUGGUGGAGUUGCAGAAGCUCCCGUUUAAAGAGAGGUGUUUCAGAGAGAACCCGGCGGUGCGCUCCGUGGUGUGUGUGCCCUGGACCCCUCACCUGUUCCAGCCCAACCACACCUGCAGCAUCUCAGGCUGGGGCCGCACCGCAGAGGGUAAAGCGGCUAGGGUCCUGCUAUGGGCGAAUGUCUCCCUGAUUCCUAAUUGUGAGCAGCAUUAUAAAGAUCGCUUCAAAGCAGGAAUGAUGUGUGCAGGGGAUUUGAAUGGCUCUGUGGACUCGUGCCAGGGGGACAGUGGGGGGCCCCUGGUGUGUGAAGAUGAGCUGGGCGUGUCCUACCUGUGGGGCAUUGUGAGCUGGGGAGACAAGUGUGGCGAGCCGGGCUUCCCUGGAGUCUACACACUGGUGGCUCAUUUCUACGAGUGGAUCCGAAUUCACACUGGAUGGCCGCUUGUCACACAAUAUAAUUCUUAGUCCUCAUGUUUACAUUUUUCCAACAUUGUACGACACCAAAUAAAAUAGAACUGGUUAAAAAAAAAGGUUUUACUUGUUUG